AUCGGAAUUGAACUUAGGGGUGGCACAGACAGGGUUCACAGUAGUAAGAUAUUACAGACCAAGUGAUGAAAAUGAAGCGAAUGUCAGAGGAAGUAGUUUUAUACGCCUUUUUCACAAAGAACUUGAAGCAUACCUUGUCGCAGAGGGAUUGUUUGGUGAACCCGUACAAGAAGAGGUCCAUCUACGGAUUAGAGAGAUUGACCAGCUGAACCCCCGGACGCUCUCGCCACCUAAUUCCGCCAUCACCUACUGGCAGGUCGAGCCUGAGGAUACCAUCCUUAAUGGUGGGGUUGUUAGAUGGGAACAGCAAGUGCGGUUGCGGCACGUCACAACCAGAAGAUUCCUGUGUCUGGAUGCGGAUUUUGAAGUGUGCCUAACAGCCGAGGAAAACGAUCCGCGGUCGGUAUUUAGAUUCCAUCCAGUGCUAUCGCUGAGAGAACAAGAUUUGGACCCGGACACACCGGAACAAAAUGAGAUAGACUUCGAGAGUUACUGCCGGAUUGAGCACGUUUUGACAGGAAAUUGGUUACACGCUCUGAAAGAUGAACCGUAUCAACGGAGGCGUGAUAUGGGCCGUGAAAAUGAUCGCAGCAUGCAGGCACUUAGGUGGGAUGGGGGAGAGGUUCGCAAGAUAUCUUCGACAGAAAACCGGCGUUACGUAGACGUGUUCACAAUACAUGAAGUGGAAUGGGAACAGAUCUACAGUGCUAACUUUGUCGCUGGAAUGGUGCCCUUCUUGUCAAAAUUGAUAGAAUCGCGUGAAGAAUGUGAUUAUCUCAAUGCGAUGAAAACGCACCAAAUCACAACUGCGCUCCAGGAAUUGAAGCAGUUCAUGAUCAUCAAUGGCGAAACAUACAAAGAUCACCAGAAGUUGAUGAGGAAUUUCAGGAUAGUUGACCUACUUGUACAGCUGCUCCAGAGUCCACUUCAAGAUGCCCCGGACAGCAACUACCUUCUUAGCGUAUUCAAGGAGGCGUAUGACAUCUUGUAUACUUACAUGACCGGAAACAGCAGGAAGAACGCGCUCUACUUCGCUAAGUACAUCGAGUUCUUUCAAACGCAACUGAGCCUAAAGGCGUCAACCAGCGUUAUGAUAAAGCAAUACCAUCUGGUAGUAGUGGAUCCUACUUUAAAGGGCGACAUUGGUUUGAAUGUAGCUCAGAUGUUGGUGGAACUGAUCCGCGAUAACAGACAGAUCGUGGACAGAAUUACACACGAACAGAUAGAUAUAUUCGUUGAUCUUCUUAGACAAAGAAAGAACUACCGUUUCUUGGACCUGCUGAAUGUCCUUUGUGUAUGUGAUGGCAAGACGAUCCUGGAGAAUCAGUCCUACAUCACGGAAACCUGGCUACGACAUGACAAGGUAUCUUUUGAUGCUAAAACAUGUCAUAUACACCUUACCGGGGCAGACGUAUAUUUGAUCGAGAGAGGCCAAUACAUACACAAAGAACAUAAUGUUGUGUACAUAUCCACGGACGCUGGUCACACGUGGGUUCCCCUCCACCAGUUUGCCAAUGCAGACAGUCCGUACUACAGCGAGGAGGAAUACCUGUAUCUUGACAGACAGUUGGAUCUGUUGGGGAAACUUUGCAAAGGGAGGAAUCAGUUCUCAAUCCGGGUUAUCACCAAGGACUUGGACAUCCUUACAUGGGAGAAUACGUUUGUAUGCCUCAGGUCGGAGCUCCUCCCGCCGUCAUUAAGGGCCAAAUACUGCAGUCUCAUCAUAGAUCUGUUUGUUGAUGUUGGUGCCAGUCAUUCCGUGCUCGACCAGCACACGCUUGUGUUUGUCUAUGAGGACAUUGACAACCCUCGGCCGCUCUAUUCUACGAAAAGUCAGGUCGCUACAAAUGUGCUCUUCUUGGCACAAGAACUUGGCACCGUGUUUCCGGUCAUGCGAGAUUGGAUCCAAGAAUUCGUAGAAAGCAAUCCUGAAAUGUACUCCUCCCAGGUCGGGCAGAACAAACUGAUCGAGCAGGUGAUGCGAUUGCUGUGCUACCUGGUGCGUUUCGGAUGCUACUGCAGUGCGGACGAGAUACGGAUACUACUGAAACCACUUAUGAUUAUGCUGGACGGAAGAAACGAUAGACCCUUUCCAAAGAAUGCUGAAAUACAAAACUCCAAGGAAGUAAAGAAGCUGGUGAAGCAAUAUAGAGAGACAGACAGGUUUGAAAAGAGUGCGGAAACUAAGGCCCUAGUGGAUGCAAAAUAUCAGGGGCUUUCAGUUUUGGAACUUCUUUUCACAUUUCAAUCCAAUACCCGCCUUGAGUCAUUCGUGUCCAAAUUCAAAACAGCUGAAACGACAGCCAACGCCAAGAAAAAGAAGCAUCGGAGUGUACUUUCUCCUCUGGUGGAUGACAGCUAUGAUGCAUUCAACACAUCAAAAAAGAACCUGAGAAAGCAAAAGAAAUUCCUUCAUGAGCUGCGUGCUAUGUUUGAAAGUUCAUCCUAUUUUGACGUGGAAUACAUCACAAAUAUAUCACUGGAUUUAUCAAAUUACAAAUACGAAAAGAUGUUGACGCAAUCAUUGAACAUUUUGAACAAGUACUAUUCUUCCAAGACGGACAUGUUCAAGAUAGCCAUACCAACCCUGGUUUUGACCACCCAAGAGUCCUGUAAAAUCCACAUUGACAUCAUGCGCCAGCUCCCUCUAGUGAGACAUCUAGCCAAGUGCUCCUACAACAUGGAACAGGCAGAAGCUAUGAGUGUCGUGUUCGACCAGUUCGUCUUAUUCACCCACCUGAGAGACGAACCCACCCUGCGGCACCCAAUGAAUCAAAAGAUCCUGAUCAACCAUGGUGUGCUAGACUUGAUAUUCGCAAUACUUUCCCAGGAAGUAGAUGUUCAAAUCACGGAGCAAGCCGCGCCUAUGGAGCUCGUAUUCGGCAAAGCCCUGAACCUUCUACGGUUCUUGGCGCAGGGGAACGAGGACGUGCAGGCCAAAAUGAACGAUAGAUUGGAUUCCUUGAUGAACAUCAAACUUGUGCCAUCACACCUAGCAAUCGCUCUCAGGGAGGUGUUCGCUGGAAACCAAAACAACUGUCUCAAAAUUCAACCGAAGCAAAUCUUAAAGAUCGUUCAUUUGGCGGGAGAGAAUCAAGACCGAGCUCCGGAGUUUCUGGACCUGCUGGGCUCUAUUGUGAAGGUGGAGCUGCUCGAACUCCCCCUAAAGCGCAAUCAGGGUCUGGUCAUGAAAUAUUUGAUGCAGAACUAUCACAAGGCAGCCUACCUUUUUGACCAAUCUCAAGAAGACAGGUUACGCAUCCUUACUUCGAAGACCGGCAAUAGUCAUCAGAGGUACCUGAUAAGUUUGGUGGACCUCCUCGCCAAAUGUGCUGAAGGAGAAAACCGUUACAUAGAAUCACUCUGUCAAACGAUCAUGCCCAUAGAGGAAAUCAUGGAUGUUCUGAACAAUCACUUCAUUGACAACAACCUGAAGUCUCCAUACUUGCGGUACCUGAUGUGGGUAUACAUGAAGACCGCUGGCACCAUGAUCGAAAGUGGAGCCGGUGAUCUCCCGCAUGACAGACAUGUAUGGAUCUACAUCCAGGCCUUGGCCCGUGAGGCAGAGUCGCUGAAAACUUAUAUCAGUGAGAAUGAAGUGAAGACAGUGGAGGUGAUGCGGGCGCCACCACCUAAAGGGGCUGUUGCAGAGAUGGACGAUUCAGAUGGAGCAGCGCACGCAACUCUAUUUUACUUCUUUGACGCUGUCUUACCCUUUUUGCAGACGUUCUUCACAAAGUUCUAUUCGCCCGACAAGGAGUUGUACCCAGACGAAUUGGAGUAUGUGGAUCAGUUAGCACACUCCCUCGUGCUGUGGUGCGACCGGGUUGGAGCAGUACUCUGCAAUGCGACACAUUUGAAAGUCCUCAUUGGGUGUGUUCCGAGCGUUCUGCAGUCGUCUUCUAUUCCAAAGAACUUAUCCACAGAGUCAGCAUUAACUAACUAUCCAUCCCUCAAACCGAAACAGGUUCAGUUGUGGAAAAAUACGUAUAAGGUGAUGGAAGGGUUCAUUGAGCAGUAUGGAAAUGGAAGAUGUUUGCGAGAUCCAACCCGCGAGACGAUAGAUACAUACACCAUAUACUAUCAAAAUGAAGACGAGUUAAACAAGAAAUUCCGGGCCUUCUCCGUGAAUUGCAGCCUGGUAUAUGGUGGCCACAACACCGUGACGGCACAGCUGAAGCACAAGUCUAAACGAGAGUACACGGAAAUAGGCGGAGAUGAGGACCUGCCGCUUGGUGAGGAAUUUCAGGCCCAUGUGCGAUGCUUCGUCAAGCAUAAUGAAAAGAACAUAGCGAAGCGAUACCAGAACGUCAGCAAGCUUGUGCAGCAACUCGCUGUCUCAGCCAAUGCCGUGAAUCCGAAGGACGGCACUUAUGAAAAUGAUGAGUUGGAUAUUAAAUCUCUUCAAAUAUUGCGCGCCGUUAUCCACAACGAGGAGCGAAAACUCAGAGAAGACUGGGAAGAGAACACCCAGGACAAGAAAGUUCAAAAGCAACUGAAAGUAAUUCUGGAAGUACAGAAUACUUUGAACUCGUAUAGCGCUGUGGAGGAAGUGCUUCCCCAUCUAGGAAGACCAAGUAACGCUAUCGUUAGAGAGAGUCUAGCGUUCUUGUCCAUUAUGUUGUUUAAUGCAAACAGAAACGUACAGAGAACCAUGUUAGAUGUUUUCAAGAGUAUGAGGACGGAAACAUUCUUUUUCGCCAUCCGAAUACGCCUUGAAAUAGCUGCCAAUGGAUUGAAAGAGAGGCGCGCAUUAGCUACUCAGCAUGAAGCCAGGGUCAAGGAAUCUAUGACGCAAGCAAAAAGUCUACAGACUAACCUUACUGUUGGCAGGAAGGCGAUGAAGGAUAUACAGGCAAUUGAAAGGUCGCGACGACAGUCAAGACUUAUGAAGGGUGCGCGGGCCAACUCUUUACGGGCACUGCAAAGAGAUAGGCAAUCGGGGCUUACCAGCAUUUCCCCUGCCAGCUCAAAAUGCAAUUCCUUACAAAGGUUCAAGCUACCCAAUGGUUCACUGAACGAAGAAACGCCAUUAGUAUUUGGUUCAAAUCACAAUGACAUUGAACUGAAUGAGGUGAUGGUUGAGGGCUCUGACAACCUCUCUGUGGACGUUGAGGAAGAUGAUGUUUUGGACGGCCUGGAGUUUAAAGACGAAGGCUACAUUGUGCUGGUGUUGAGACUGCUGGCUGCUAUGUGUGAUGGACAAAACCAAAGUAUUCAGGAUUACCUACGGGAUCAACCAGAUAACAUUAAAUCCAUCAACGUAGUGGCGGACACUGCCCAGUUUGUGAACGUUGUCUACUCCAACAUUACCGCCAGCACCAUUGACCUUGUCAUUCAGCUGUUCAGCACUCUCAACGAGUUCACUGCCGGAAACCAAGCCAAUAGGGUUGUUUUGUUGGACAACAAAGUUGUGGAUUACAUUAACUUCAUCCUGAGAGCUGGAAAAUAUGAAGGCAUAUCGAUGGAAAUGCAACUUGAACUACGAGAAGUGAUAGCCAAUCUUCUCGUGAGUCUUAUUGAAGAGAACGGUCCUGAACCCAUAAAAGUGGCCAGGGAGGUGAAGGAUACAGUAGAUAAAGAAGCUGUCUACAGGUGUAUGGUAGAUUGUUACAGCAUUCACCAGCCUCCAACAUAUAAAGCAAAGAUAAGCACCAAUAUGGGAGAUAACAUGAAAAACCUAUCACAGAUGGGUGGCGGUUUACUAAGAGAAAUAAUGGAAAAAAACAAAAAGAAUGACUUGAAAGACAAGGCUUACGAGGUUGGCUUCCUCUACUUUCUGCUGAUGGCACGGUUUUACGACAUUGAUCCCGUGCUGAACGAAAAAGCUGGUCUCGUAAUAACACCAGACCAAAUGGCCGCUUACAACUAUUACAAGAAGAAUUCAAUGUCAAUAGAAUUGAUGAAAGAUGGAAAUCUCCAAAAAGUGCACUUCAGGGUGAAAAACAAGAACGUUUUGAGAGAAGAAGUGAAGGAAAAACUAAAAUGGGAUGUUGACCGCUCGUCGCCUAGCAACAAGAUUCGUGAUUUGAUGGCGUGGUCAAAGGACAUCCUCAAAGACAUCUACUACCAGCGGAAGAUGCUGAGGAAUCCAAUCGCCGUUUUCUUCACAAAAUUCUGGCUGCUGUGGAACUACCUUGUUAUAUUGCUGAGUGUAGCCAUCAACGUCUUGAUGCUAUGGGCCUGGAAGGCACCUUAUGACAUGAGUCAAGCGCCUGAAAAUAUGACACAUCUUGACCACGCCAUUUACAACCCCAACCCAGAUACGUCGUCGGUAGAGAUAUACGAUUUGCUGCUAUAUGCUAUGGGAGGCACGCAUAACUUAUUUUCACUGUUCGUGCUCAUCAGUUAUUUCCUUUCUAACCAUCCCAAGUGCCCGAGUUUGUCUGCAAUCCCAAAUCUUUGCAGGCGUUUGUGUGGACGGAAAGAUGAAGAAGAGGAUGAAAUAGCACAUGAGGUUGACUGUGAGAAAGCUAAACGCCAGUCAAAACUUGAUGUCAAGUUCUUCAGUCUUGCCACUUUUUAUUAUGUGAUUUUCGUUGGAAUGUCUGUCGCUGGAACAUUUUUCCAUGGUUACUUCUUUGCCUUCCAUCUUCUCAACAUCGUCAACAAUAAUCAAAUUCUGCAGGGAGUCAUCAAAGCUGUCACACAAAACGGCGUUUCGCUACUGUGGGUGGGCAUACUGGGUGUGAUCAUCUUCUACAUAUAUGCCCUGAUUAGCUUUGCCUUUAUGAGAGCGCUGUUCUUGCCUAAAGACGAGGAAUAUUGUGGAACGCUCUUAGAGUGCUCUGUGACAGUCAUACGAUACGGGCUGAUUGGAGCGAUAUUUGAUCGCCUGACAUUACCAGAAUCAGAGAACAAUUUUAUCGCGUUCGCCGUGGUGGCGGUUUUCCACUUAUCAUUCUUUAUCUUGAUCACCACCAUUGGCUUGAACGUGAUCCUCGGUAUCGUGGUCGACACGUUCUCUGAGCUUAGAGAUCUCAAGUGGACAGCCGAAUCCGACAUGCGAGACACUUGUUUCAUCUGCAGUCGAGGAAGUCACGAUUUCGAACAUCAUGGGAACGGAUUUUUGAAGCACGCCAGAGAAGAACACAACAUGUGGGCCUACAUAUUCUUCUUUAUCCACUUAGAUGACACCAAGUCUAACGAUUACACUGCGUUGGAUCUACACGUAGCGCAAGCUUUACAAAGAGAGCAAUACGAAUUCUUCCCCAUGAAUUGUGCCUUAUCGCUCACUGGAGAAGAAGAUGGCACAGACGAAAAAAUUGAUGCCGUCUUGGAGAAAGUCACGGAACUCCUUCGUAGACAGCGAGAGGAGGAAUCAAAACGAAUGCGUGAAGAGGAGCACAGGCGUCAGAAACAGUGGCAAGAAAUGUACCGCAAGGCGCUGAGCGGUAGUCACGACACCCUCGCCGCGGCCAUCGAGGGGCCACGGCGCCCUGAAGACAGGGAGGGAGAUGCAGCACGAUAUUCUGACGACGACGAUAGUCGUGGAGGGGUCAGAACUCCAGAAACAAUAACCUUACGUGACAGUGCUACAAGCACGGAAGAAAGUCCACCGCGGGAGUCCCCACGAAGAACAGAAGAGCCUCCUGAAACACCGCGCGAGCUCCUGCCACCGCCACCACCACCACCAUCCGACGGGCCCCAUGACGUACCUCCCGAAAGACCACAUGACGAGCCUCACGCACUAGAUAUGGCACCACACGUAUCGGAAGUGGCUUUUCCACUCACAGCCCCCGAAGACUUUCCAUCACCAACAUUUAGUGACGACGAUGACUUUGAUGACACCCGUCUAUGAACAAGGGAACGCUAUCCUGCAUUGUGUUAAAAGUUUGGUGUUUGGUUUGGCGCUGGUGUAGUCGUCGUUUGAGCGUCGGUCGUUCCAGACACUCACAUUAUCAAGCAUUGCUUGUAGCGACGAGAUCACUUCCAGUUGCGUGCAUUUGUCUGCCGGCGUGGAAUGAAAGAUCGCUUACUGUUGACAGUUUGUCAUAAAAACAACACUGUCGCCCCUUUUUCAAGUAUAUCUUUUUCUCUGAAGGGUAUAUAGGAUAAUUCGAAUUGACAUUUUGUAAAAGCGGAAAUGAUAAAAUUAAGUGAGGGGUUGGCCGAUUUGUGUUGCCAAUGACGUUGAUACUGAAGAUAGACCUAGCAUUUUAGCAGGAAGGUACCGGGUCAUUUUAUAUAACGCAUGUAACAGGAGAUACAUACAUACGUACAUAUAACUGUUCUUAUUUUUAGACAGUUAAAGAAAGAUGUACUUUGGAUUAAACGUCUCUCAAGUGCAGGUCCUUAAAGGCCUAUAUGUAGUGCUUGAGUACUAAUCGUAUUUAUAUAACUGUAUUUAAGAGUUUAUAUUUUAACAUGGUGUAACCAUUUUGGUUUUAUCUGGAAAAUGUAUUUAUAUUUGUUUUCUUACAUUGUAAUAAUGAUAUAGUAUCAAGAAAAAUAAAGGAUUAUAUAACCUUGCAAUUUAAUCACACACCCACAUAUUUUAAUUAUUUGGAUGCGCAUCAUCUAUUUGUAAGCGUCACGUUUUAUUGUAUAUAACGAUGUGGGAUGAACGCCAGUUGGUUGGAUUUUACUUACGCAUUAAACCUUUAACAAGUGAAUCGUCACUGCACCGUAGUACAUGUAUAUUAUUAUUAUUUUACCAGUAUUAGGAACCGCUGGUUUAUUUAUUUAUCAUAAUUUUUACCGACACGUCAAAGAAAUGGCAUUUUGAGAUAUAGAGUAUUUAAGUGUUUUAAAGUAUUGCCAAUGGGAAUUAGAUUUUUAAUAGCUUGUAUAGAUUAGGUUGCUUUUUUGUUUUAAAUAUAUAGCUCGGCUCUGUUGCAUUUGACUAACGAGAUAUUAUCCCUUGUGUAAUUCCUCAGUUAAUUGAUCAUUUGUUACGUUCAUUGUAUUAUAACGCUGUAUUUUAUUAUUGGGCGAAUUUCUGAAGUAUUAGAACAAGAGCGGAUUAGUUUGAUUUUCAUGAGUCAUUAUAGUGCAAUCCAGCUUUGGGGUGUAUUUGCUUGAGUAGUACUUGGUUUAUUGAAAAGUUCUAACAUGUUAAACUAAAUGUGGGCAUAUAAAGCCCUUUCUUAUAGUAGACAAAGUUUUCAGUUAUUGAAUAAAGAAAUUGAAUAAAUGCUGAGAUCUUUAUCUCAAUCCUCUUAAACAUUU